AUGAUGGACUAUGGCGGCCACUACCACCAUCCGCAGUCCCAGCAGAAUGCCCACCCGCAGCAGCACCAGCAGCACAUGCAGUCGCCGGCGAUUGGUGCGCGCCAGUCUGCCGGUACUAGUGUCAGUGCCAACGCCAACGCCAAUGCCAAUGCCAGUGCGUUUGCCAGCAACAGCUCGCUGUAUCGCUCCCAGUCGCAGGCCGACAUGACGGGGCUUUCGCCGAGUGUGCGCGGGACGACGACGUCCUCGCAGUCGCUGCUGGGUAUGCCCACCGGGACUAGCUACGGGUCAUUCUCUGGGCAGGACUCGCUGGGCCAGUUGAGGAGCCCGUAUGGCUCGUUGCAGGCGCAGAGGAAUAUGAACUCUGCCACGAAUUACCGGCAUACGUCCCUGAACUCGCAGGCUACGUUGUCGCCGCAUGCGCAGGGGCUGAGCUCGUCGCCGCAGCAGUCGCUGGAUCGGGUGCAGCAGCUUCAGCAGAGGCAAUCGCCGCAUGCGCAUACGGCAUCACCGACAAAUGGCUUGCCGAUGGUCUCGGCUACUUCUCAAAAUCAGCACUAUACGCAGUAUCACCCGUCGCAGUAUGCGCAGCCUUCAUAUCAGACUCAGCAGUCGGCCCAGUACCAGCAACCAGUUUCGCAGUAUCAGCAGCAACAACAGUAUCGACAACCCCAGCACACUCAAUAUCAAACGCAGACUCAGACUCAGAGCUCUCAUUAUCUGUCUCAGAGUCAAUACCCUCAGUAUACGUCAACUGAACAAUCUUAUCAGCAGUUGCAGAACUAUCAACAGCAGCAGAAAGCGGCACAACUGUCGCAAUCUAGUCAGCAGAGCUAUUCGCAGUCGACGCAGAAAGCGGCUCAACAGACACCACAGUCGAGCCAGCAACAGGCUCAUCAAACACCGCAGUCGGCGCAAUUACCACAGUCAAGUCAGUAUAGCUAUCAGCAAGCGUCAGCUCAGCAGGCAUCCCAGGCAAGUCCGGUGCAGCAGGGUUACCAGCAUGGGGCCAAGUCGAAUCAACAAAUAUCACACUUGAGUCAAGGACAGCAAAGCUAUGCACAACAAGCGCAGAAACCGACGCAAGUACAACAGCCGAGCCCGGUGAAGCAAAAUUACCAGCUGGCGCAAAGCUCGGCCCAGCAACUGCCGCAGUCAAGCCAGCAGAGUUACCAGCAAACCUCGCAAAACACAGCCCAGCAACCUCAGGCUAGCCAGCAGAGCUAUCAGCAGGCAGCACAAAGGCCGACUCAGCAGCUGCCCCAAUCAAGUCAGUACAGUUACCUGCUAGGCACCGCACAAAUACCCCAGUCGGGUCAGCAAAAGGGCCAUCAACAAGCGUCUACCCAGCAAGUGCCGCAGUCAAGUCAGAGCUAUUCUCAGCAAGCACAUAAAACACAGGUUCCUCAGCCAAGCCAGUCGAGUUAUUUGCUAGGGACAAACCAAAUACCGCAGUCGAGUCAACAGAGUUAUUUGCUAGGGACAACGCAAUUACCGCAGUCAAGCCAACAGAAAGGUUAUCAGCAAGCUUCUGCCCAGCAAGUGCCGCAGUCAAGCCAGCAGCCGAACUAUCCGCAGCAGGCACAGAAGCCCGCUCAGCAAGCGCAGUCAAGUCCUAUGGUCCAACAGUACCAGCAACAAGCACAGAACGCGCCACAUGUAUCUCAAACUCAGGCGCAACAACAGGCUCAGCAAGCCCAACCUCAGAAGGCCGCCCAAUCCUCUCAGGCCAAGGCCCAGACGCAGGUUAAACCUUCGCCAAAGCAGCAGUCGCAGGCUCGACAAGCGCAAGCUCAGGCUAAUCAUACUCCUAAAACCACGCAGGCCACAAAUGCUCAUCAGCUGCAAGCGAACGCUCAGACUCAGCGAACGGCUCAACAGACUCAGGCUCAGCAAGCGCAACACACUCAGCCUCAGAAGACGCAGGCCCAGACGCAAAAUCAGAUGUCCACCCAAGCUUAUCAACAACUCUACGCUCAGCACGCACAGCAAGCGCAGGGUUCGCCGUAUCAAACACACUUGCAGAACCCCCAGUUGCAGUAUGCAUACCAGCGCCAGUUUCCUCAACAGUAUAUGCAGUCGCCGCAAAUGCACACCCCGCAGGCGCAACAUUUUCAAUUACAACAGUCUCAAGCAUCCCAGUCUCAGUCUCCGCAGCAACCAGUGCAGAAGACGCAGCAUACCCCACAAAUGCAGCAGCAGACCACACCGCAGCAGCCCCAGCAGUCACAAACAUCGCGACCACAAGCACAGGCGCAACCUCAAAAAUCUGCCCAGUCAAGCCAGCCCGCUCCCAAACCUCCAGCUAAAGAGCCGAAGAAGAGGAAGACUACUAAGAAGGAGACGAAGCAGAAGCCCGCUGCGUCUCAGGCUGCAUCGCAAGCUGCGUCUGCUGGAUCUCAAGCAGUGCCUCAACCCGCGCCUCAACCCAAAGCACCUGCAUCACAGGCUACAGCGACACAGCCGAAAGCUCAAGUCUCGGCAUCUCAACCUGCAUCUCAACAAUAUGCCCCCGCCUACGCUUCUCAAACACCCUCCUCGCAAGCCCCGGCCUUUCAAACUCACGCCUUCAGAGCCAACUUGUCACAACCGUACGCGUCUCAAACACACGCCCAGCAUAACUCUUUCCAGACUCCAACUUCGCAAGCACAAGCUGCUCAAGCGAACUCUUUUCAGACUCAGGCUUCUCAACCACGUGCCCAAGUGAACUCUUUCCAGAAUACCGCCCAGCCACGUACUCAAGCAAACUCCUUCCAACAAGCCUCCCAACCACAUGCCUCUCAGUUGAACACUUUCCAAGCCACGCCCCAAGCAACUUCCUUCCAGCUGCAAGGAUCUCAAUCGACACAAGCCUCUUCUCAGCCGUCCACUCAGCCAAAAAUCGAACCCUCAUCAUCCCAACCGUCUCAACCGACACAGCCAACAGCGACGACCAACGCGAAUGGACAGGCGCCGGGUACGUUCAUCACGGAAAACCCGAUACAGAAGAAGACGAAACCGGGAGAUCCCGGUCACACACCCAGGAAGCGAGGCCGACCACGGAAACAACCCGGCGACGAGACAAAGCCACGGAAACCGAAGAAGGUCAAGAAUCCGGAUGGGACCAUCGACCUGUCUACAGCGUUGCCUCCAAAUCUAGCUGCCAUCCCAGGUGUGGGUAUCCCGUUUUCCAUCGCGCCCAUUCGUCCGCCUGACCCUCCUGCUGCUGGAACCGCGAGUGCCCCAGCUCCUCCGGUUAUCGGACCAGAUGGUAAUCCAAUCCCGCAGAAGCGCAAGCGUGGAAGGCCGCGAAAAUCCGAGACAGAUGGAAUUCCUCGUAAACCGCGGCCACCGCGGGACCCGAAUAGGCCGAAGGGAACGGGUCGUCCUCGUGGGCGGCCGAGGAAGGCUGAUGUGCUGGCAAGGAAGAAAUUGGAGGAGGAGCAAGCUGCUGCUGCUGCUGCUCAAAAUGGGGAGCAAACCGGCCAGCCUGGGCCAAGCCAGCCAGCCGGUCAAUCUGGACAGCUUGGUCAGGGGCAAGUCAGUCAACCGCAAACCACACAAGCGCAAGGCCACACUCAAGCCAAUCAUGCCAAUCAUGCCAAUCAGGGCCAAUCGAGUCAAGGGUAUACCGGCCAAGAACAGGUACAUCAGUGGCAGGUCAGCCACGGGCAAGUGAACCAAGCACCAGCCAGCCAAGCGAAGUCCGGUCACGCACAAGUCAACCACCAAGCUAGCCAAGGGCAAGCAUCUCAAGCGCAGGCCACCCAAUGGCCGGUCAAUCAAGGGAAAGCACCUGCGCGAGUUGCUCAAGGGCAAGUCAGUCAAGGACAAUGGGGACAGCCUGUCAAGGUCAGCAACAGCCAAUCUGGACACGCCAACCAGUAUGGGCAAGUUGGGACUCAGCCUGGCCAUGCUCAUCCUUCACAUGGUCAUCCGCAAGCGUCCGCUCAGUCACAUACCCAAGCGCACGCUCCGCCGACCCAGCCACAGUCCCAAGCUGAUUUCUCCAAAACCCAGGCCAAGAUGCAAGCACAUAUGAACCAGCAGAUACAAGCCCAGAAUGUCCACGCCCAACGAGCGCAGCCAAUACAAAGCCAAAUGCGAGCGAGCCCUAUGCAGAGCUUGCAAGCGAGCCCAUUGCAGAAUAUCCAAGCGAGCCCGAUGCAAAGCCAGAUGAGCCAAAGGCAGCAGCCCCAGGUUCAAGGGGGCCAACGCGCGUCGCAUCUGCAAGCCCAAGCUCAGAUGCAAGCGCAGGUGAACGCCAAACCGCAGAUGCAGGUGCAGCCGCAAAAGGCACAACCGCAGAUGCAGACUCAGAUGCAGACGAAACCUCAGGUGCACGCUCAGGCGACUAAGCCUCAGGGACAGACUCAACAAGCUCAGCAUGCGCAGCAUACGCAGCAUACGCAGCAAACCCAGCAAAACCAGCAGGCUCAAUCUCAGCAGUCUCAGACUCAGCAGACUCAGCAGGCCCAGGCUAAGACGCAGCAAAAGCCUCAGGUCCAGCAAUUGUCUCAGCCACUGCAGAUGCAGCGACAGGCGGCGUCCCCGAUGCAGGCCGCCACGCAGCGACCUCACCAACCACAACUGGCAGGACAAGCUCAGGCCCAACCUCAGUUGCAAUACUCGCACGCACAAGCUCAGCCUCAGAUGCAGCACGCGCAGACCCAGCAUCAGCCCCAGGCUACACAAGCUCAACCCCAGGCCCACGUCCAGGCCAAAGCCCAACCUCAAGCCCAACAAACUCAACCAACCCACUCCGCGUACACCGCAUACCCAACCCACACCACCGCGCAAUCCCUCCCAUACCCGCACUCGCACCCCUACCAAGCACAGUUCCACGCACAGAUGCCCCAGCUGCAAAUGCACUCGCAGCUCCACCACCUCAACCAGCAACACCCCUACUACUCGCAGUUCUCGCCUACCCAGGCCACAGCCACAGCCACAGCCCAAGCCCACGCCCAGCAGCCGUCGAUGGGCCACGCCCAGCAGCCGUCGAUGGGCCUCGCCCCGCAGACGGGGCAGAAGCGCCCGGCCUCGGUGCUGGACGAUGACCCGCGCAAGCGCGCGUAUAUCAUGCCGCAUCAGCUAUAG